UAUACAGACAGUUAUAAGCAGGCGCUGCAGCAGGAUCCAGGUGUUAACACUGUUCUCCUGCAGGCUGCUAACAUGGUUUUCCUGAAGUCCACACUCGGCUUACUGAUCCUCCUGGCUGUCUCCAGCUACUGCUGGGCUGUAGAGGAGGAUCUGUCUGUCUCUGAGCUCCUGUGGAGGGCCAACAAGGAUGUUGUGCAUACAGAGGAAGAGCCCUUGGUCAUUGAUGAUAUUGCCUAUGACAAUGAAAAUGAGAGGAACGCAGAUCAAUGCACCUCCCGUGGCUGCAUGUGGAGUAAAUCCGCCGACGGAAAGGUCUACGUGCCCUAUGUCAUUGCCGGACAUUAUUCUUCUCGUGAGCGCUCCAUCAUUGAGCGAGGCCUGCAGUCAUUCAACAGCGUCUCUUGCAUUCGUUUCAUCCAAAGAACCGGCCAGAGAGACUACCUGAGCAUCCAGUCCAACAACGGCUGUUACUCCUACGUGGGCCGUCGUGGUUAUGCCCAGACAUUGUCUCUGGACCGUCAGGGCUGCCUCUACCACAACACCGUCCAGCAUGAGCUGCUCCACGCCCUUGGCUUCAACCACGAGCAAUGUCGCUCUGACAGGGACAACCACAUCCGGAUCCUGUGGGAGAACAUCCAGUCUGGUUGGGAGUAUGCCUUUGACAAGAUCGACACUCUGAACCUGAACACCCCCUACGACUACAACUCUGUCAUGCAAUACCACAGGUAUGCCUUCUCUGGGAACAACAAGCCCACCAUGGUGCCCAUCCCCAACGCCAAUGUUGAAUUUGGCACUGCCAAACAGAUGAGCCAGAAUGACAUCACCAGGCUGAACAGGCUGUACAAAUGUUAAACAGAGCAGGCGAUAGCUAUGGCAGUCCUGUUCGUGACCAUCCUGGGUCCCUCUGGCUGGAUCCUGUCUCACCUGGAGGACUACAAGAAGAAGCAGUAAAAGAAGACAAAGAAGAUGAAGAUCAGACCACCAAUCCAGUCCAGAUGAAGAUAACGGGGCCACUCAUCCCGCUCACUUUCCGUUGUGUUUGCAACUGAUGAGACAAGAUGGCAGUUUUCUCUUUCAGAGUUGUUUCUGCCCUUCUGACCUGUGUUCAUGCCCACUUGGGCACUUAUUAACCCUUUUAAAAUAAAUACAUGUUCAUUGUAAAGAAAA